AUGAGGAGGGAGAACCUGAGCAGCGUGUCCCACUUCCUCCUCCUGGGGCUCCCCAUCCUGCCAGAGCAGCAGGGCGUGUUCUUCGCCCUGUUCCUGGGCAUGUACCUUUCCACGGUGCUGGGCAACCUGCUCAUCCUCCUGCUCAUCAGGCUGGACUCUCGCCUCCACACCCCCAUGUACUUCUUCCUCAGCCACCUGGCCCUCACUGACGUCUCCUUUUCAUCUGUCACCGUCCCUAAGAUGCUAAUGAGCAUGCAGACCCAGGAUCAAUCCAUCCCCUAUGCAGGGUGUGUGACACAGAUGUAUUUUUUCCUAUUUUUUACUGAUCUGGAUGAUUUCCUGCUCACCUCAAUGGCCUAUGAUCGGUACGUGGCCAUCUGUCACCCUCUCCACUACCCCACCAUCAUGAGACAAGGACUGUGUCACUUACUAGUAGCUGUAUCUUGGAUUCUCUCCUGUGCCAAUGCCCUGUGUCACACCCUGCUCCUGGAGAGAAACAUGAGGAGGGAGAACCAGAGCAGCGUGUCCCACUUCCUCCUCCUGGGGCUCCCCAUCCCGCCAGAGCAGCAGGGCAUGUUUUUUGCCCUGUUCCUGGGCAUGUACCUGACCACGGUGCUGGGCAACCUGCUCAUCCUCCUGCUCAUCAGGCUGGACUCUCGCCUCCACACCCCCAUGUACUUCUUCCUCAGCCACCUGGCCCUCACUGACGUCUCCUUCUCAUCUGUCACCGUCCCAAAGAUGCUGAUGAGCAUGCAGACCCAGGACCAAUCCAUCCCCCAUGCAGGGUGUGUAACACAGAUGUAUUUUUUCAUAUUUUUUGCUGGUCUGGACAAUUUCCUGCUCACCUCAAUGGCCUAUGAUCGGUAUGUGGCCAUCUGUCACCCUCUCCACUACACCACCUUCAUGAGACAGGGACGGUGUAACUUACUAGUAACUGUAUCUUGGAUUCUCUCCUGUGCCAAUGCCCUGUGUCACACCCUGCUCCUGACCCAGCUGUCCUUUUGUGCUGACAACACCAUCCCCCAUUUCUUCUGUGACCUUGGUGCCCUGCUCAAGCUCUCCUGCUCAGACACUUCCCUCAAUGAGCUGGCCAUUUUCACAGCAGGAGUUGCAGUUAUUGCUCUCCCACUAAUGUGCAUCCUGAUCUCGUAUGGCUGCAUUGGGGUCACCAUCCUGAAGGUUCCAUCCACCAAGGGGAUCUGCAAAGCCUUGUCCACAUGUGGCUCCCACCUCUCUGUGGUAUGUCUGUAUUAUGGAACAAUUAUUGGACUGUAUUUUUUCCCCUCAUCCAGCACCUCAAGUGACCAGAAUGUAAUUGCCUCUAUGAUGUACACAGUGGUCACACCACUGCUGAACCCUUUUAUUUAUAGCCUAAGGAACAGGGACAUGAAGGGGUCCCUGGAGAAUCUCUUCCACAGGACAAAACUCUUGUCUUUAUGA